AGCUGUAGUCAACUGCACCUUCAUCUGGUGUUGACGAAGGCACUAGAGGUGACGAAGAGUGACGGCGCUUACGGCCUUCACCGGUCCUUACGUAUCGUAGUCAAACACCCUAGGCCACUCCGGCAUCUUCCUGCCGCCCCCUUCUCCAAGAACAGUCUGCUCGAUCAGGGAUGUCGGCAACGAACACCAAAACUCUGCUAGUUCAUAGUUCCCAGAGGGGCUACGAUAACCCCGCCGCAGAUCUUGCUGAGACUCCUCCUUCCUCCAAGUCAAAGUCUGGUGUUCAAAGUCCGGACAAAUGUUCGGCAGUUGCCUUCGUCGAAAAGGAGCGUCCUUUGGAGCUGCCAAGUGACGUAAAAUAUUCGUGUGACAAGUCUUCUGCUGAGAGUUGCGACAACGCGGACAGCGUUGAGGGCUGUAGAAAAACAAUCCUGAGAUGGCUAAGGAAUUUUGGAUCGCGUCUGAAAACGUGCCUCUACCUCACACCUGCCACGGAGAAUUUCCAACCUCCCACUGCGGGUGACCGCGACAAGCAUGUCAUCACCUCGCCCGCAUGCAGCAAGGUGGGCUUGUUGCUGACGUACGUAGCCCUGCUGCUGCUGACGUGGGGGGCGCUGUACGCCAUCACUGGGGACGCCGCGGCCCCGGGCGGCAACCUCUUCAGCCUCCUCGUCGUCUUCGUCUGCUCCGUGAUGGGCGGCAAAGUUUCUCAGGCGUGCGGGCUGCCUCCGCUGCUCGGCAUGCUGCUGGUGGGCAUGGCGCUGCGGAGCGUCGCGAUCGUAGGCGACAGUGUCGACCCCAACUGGUCGUCCUCAAUCAGGAACAUAGCGCUGGUAGUGAUCCUGCUUCGGGCCGGUCUGGGCCUGGACCCUAAAGCCCUCAAGGCCAUGUCGCUCGUGGUCUUCAGACUCGCCUUCGUACCCUGUCUCGUCGAGACCNAAUCAAUGUUGGACUCUGGUGUGAAACUAGAACAACUGAAGAGAUGA